GGCAGCGACAGUGCGUCGUUGUCAGGCGUUCAUGCCUGCCGUCUUCUUGUCUUGUUAAUCAAAUCCAUUUUGGGUUUUAAGUGUGUGACAAUUAAUUUUCGCUGUUUCCAGCAAGUGUUGCAGCGCAGUAGGCAAGCAUUUAAGCUGUCUAAUUGAAUUGAAGUGUGUACAUUGCGCAAUUGAAGGCAAGUGAACUGGUGUAGGAGUGUGAGUGUGUGUUUUAGCGACAAGCGAUUGAAAAAGUAUGACUAUGAGACUUCAAUUUGGAGUUUAAAGCGCACUUAAGCGCCUUAAAGUAGGCUACAUUUUUGGAAAAAAGCGCCUUUCGGAGGGAAUAGGGGGCUGAGCGCUGGGUGUAUUGCUGGAUUUUGUAAAAGGAAAUGUUUUGAAGAAGUUAAAGAACUGAAAUUUUGAAAAAUCAAGAAAUAACUUUUUUUUUAUUUUAUCAAAAGCGAGUGUGAGAAGUGUAAAUAUGGAAUUUCCGGACAUGAGCAUCAGUCGCAUAUUUUCUAUACCCAAAGGCUAGCUAGCCAAACAAAACAAUUUAAUUUUGUUUUUAAUUUUCAAUUUUUUUUUUAGAAAAAUUUCUUGAAAAAAUUGUAGUUAUAAAAAAAUUGUGCAACUAUGGUAGCAAAGUCACUAUGACUAGCAAAAUAAUAUGCAAAACAUUUCUUAAAAAAUCAUAAAAAAUUUAAAGUUGAAAAACUUAUAACUAAAUUUGGAAUUGUAACAGAAAAGCUAUGAAGAAUUGCAAAAUUAAAUACGAACCUGUUUUUAAAAAAUCGUAGAAAAAUUUUACGUGAAAAAUUCAAAACUUAUUAAAAAGUGUGGAAUUGUAACAAAGAAGCUGUAAUUAAACUUAAAGUUAAUGCGAACCUGUUUUCUAAGAAUUGUAAAAAAAUUUCAAGUGAAAAAUUACAAGUUUAAAAAUUAAUACAAUACUAAAACAGUGCAAUAACAUGCUUUUCGAAAGUCGUGAAUUCCUUCAAGACACAAAAAAAAUUAAAAUAUUUUUUGUUUAAAAAAAAAUAUUCUAAAACCGAUAAUUACUUGAAAAAAAAAAUCACCAAAACUUCAUAACAAAAAUUAAAAAUAAGAAAAUGUAGUAGUACAUACCUAUUGUUGUGCUAGGAAAAACCUCAAAAUAAAUACAAAAAUAAAAAUUCCUACAUGAGAGCAUAUUAAAUUACGCAAACAUUUAAUACUAACGCAAAACAACGAUUUAUUCAAAAUAAAAAAAGAAAUUUAAAAUAUUCCUCAUUAGGAAAAUAUUCAAAUAAACCUUCAAAAGCCCCACACCAAAAAAAUGUUGCUGCUAGGCCUCUUCAGUCACAUCCUAAACAGUGGCAGAUACAUUACGACACGGCGCUCAAAUGCCAGUCAACACAUGGAUUUACGUGUUAUCUUCAUAAUUUUCCUGCUCAAAUGGUCGUAUGCACAAGGCUCGCAUCCGCCACGGAUUGUUGAGCAUCCGAUAGAUACGACGGUGCCGCGGCAUGAACCGGCGACACUUAAUUGCAAAGCGGAGGGCUCGCCAACGCCCACAAUCCAAUGGUUUAAGGAUGGUGUGCCACUGAAAAUACUGCCAGGCUCCCACAGGAUUACACUGCCGGCAGGUGGUUUGUUUUUUCUCAAGGUUGUAAACUCGCGCCGUGAAACCGAUGCUGGCGUCUAUUGGUGUGAGGCGAAAAAUGAGUUGGGUGUGGCGCGGAGUCGGAAUGCGACAUUACAGGUUGCCGUGUUGCGCGACGAAUUCCGUCUGGAACCACAGAAUACUCGCAUAGCACAGGGUGACACAGCAUUGUUGGAAUGUGCCGCACCGCGCGGCAUACCCGAACCGACGGUCACAUGGAAGAAAGGUGGCCAGAAAUUAGAUUUGGAUAGUACGAAGCGUGUACGCAUAGUCGAUGGCGGUAAUCUGGCCAUACAGGAUGCACGUCAAAGUGACGAGGGUCAAUAUCAGUGCAUUGCCAAGAAUCCUGUGGGCGUACGAGAAUCUGUGUUGGCGACGCUCAAGGUGCACGUGAAACCGUUCAUCAUACGUGGCCCGCAUGAUCAAACGGUGCUGGAAGGCUCAUCAGUGACGUUUCCUUGUCGCGUUGGCGGUGAUCCAAUGCCAGAUGUUUUAUGGUUGCGCACAGCAUCCGGCGGAAAUAUGCCAUUGGAUCGCGUGAGCGUCCUAGAAGAUCGCAGCUUGCGUCUAGAACGCGUCACCAUUGCGGACGAAGGCGAGUACAGCUGUGAGGCGGAUAAUGUGGUCGGCGCGAUUUCCGCCUUGGGAACGUUAACAGUUUAUGCACCUCCCAAGUUCAUACAGCGACCGACUAGCAAGUCUAUCGAGCUGGGUGCCGACACUUCGUUUGAAUGCCGCGCAAGUGGCAACCCGCGGCCUACACUCUUCUGGACAAUAAAAAAUAACCGCACGAUUAUAUUUCCUGGCGCGCCGCCACUCGAUCGUUUUCAGAGCUUAAACACCGAGGAGGGCCAUUCCAUAUUGACGCUGACAAAUUUUCAACGCACCGACCGCGAUUUGGUUGUGGUUUGCAAUGCAAUGAAUGAAGUGGCAACUAUAACGGCGCGUGCUCAGCUCACACUCGACUCACAAGAAGACCGACCGCCGCCUAUUAUCAUUGCAGGUCCGGUCAAUCAGACGCUGCCUGUUAAGUCGAUGGCCACGCUUCAAUGCAAGGCUAUUGGUUUGCCAAAUCCAACGAUUUCCUGGUAUCGUGAUGGCAUACCCGUGCAUCCGAAUGCGAAGGUGAACAUCACAGCAGCCGGCGAUUUGAUAAUUUCCGACUUGGACCGCAAAGAGGAUCAGGGUUUGUAUACAUGUGUGGCAAGCAGCCGCACCGGCAAGUCCACGUGGAGUGGCUACUUGCGCAUCGAAGUGCCCACCAAUCCGAAUAUUAAAUUCUAUCGCGCACCCGAACAAACCAAAUGUCCCAAUGCGCCCGGGCAACCCACAGUGCUGAAUGCCUCCGCCAAUGCACUUACCAUUGUCUGGCCGACGAGCUAUAAGGCGGGCGCUUCGCCACUCCUCGGCUACACAGUCGAAAUGUACUCGACGAACAAGAGUAAGACGUGGAUUCCCAUUGCCGCACGCUUGAGUGAACCCAUUUUCACGGUUGAAGGCCUCAGUAGUGGAGCGGCGUAUAUGUUUAUUGUGCGCGCAGAGAAUGCGCAUGGUUUCUCGCCGCCUAGUCCCAUUUCAGAGCCAAUUACGGCGGGCAAAUUAGUCGGUGCCGGCAGUAGAAUUGGUGGGGGCUCCUCAAGUGGGGGUGGUGGUAUUGGUGGCAGCGCUGGUGGAGGCGCAGGCACAUCCGAACUGCUACUCAAUGAAGCGGAAGCUGUGCUGCAGACAAGCGACAUGGUCGAGCUCUUGGAGGCCAAUGCCACCGAUUCGACAACAGUACGCCUCGCUUGGGACAUUGACAGCGGUCAGUACAUCGAAGGUUUCUACAUUUAUGCGCGUGAAUUACACUCGGCUGAGUACAAAAUGAUGACCAUAUUGAAUGCGGGCAGUGGUGCGUCGGCAUGCACCGUAAAUGGAUUGGAGAAGGCAAGCAUGUAUGAGUUUUUUCUUGUGCCAUUUUAUAAGAGCAUCGUAGGCAAACCAUCCAAUUCGAAACGUAUACGCACCAUGGAAGAUGUACCCGAGUCACCGCCACACGCAAUGGAGGCCAUACAAUUCAAUCGAUCAUCGGUAUUUCUCAAAUGGCAGCCACCCUAUCCGAAUAAGACACGAAAUGGCAUUUUAACCAACUACAAUGUGCUGGUAAAGGGUCUGGACUCACAUAAUACAACACGCAUUUUUAAAAAUAUGACAAUCGAUGCCGGCUCACCAACAUUGUUGUUGGCCAACCUCAGCACUGGUGUUACGUAUUACAUUUCCGUUGCGGCUGCUACAAAGGUGGGCGUGGGCCCAUUCAGCAAGCCAGCCGUAUUGCGUAUGGAUCCACGCACACAAUCGUUGGAUACGGGAUAUACAAGAUAUCCCAUCAAUCGCGACAUUGCCGACGAUUUUCUAACACAGACUUGGUUCAUCAUUUUACUGGGUUCCAUUAUAGCGUUAAUUGUGUUUCUAUUCGGCGCUUUGGUCCUCUUCAAACGCUACCAAUUCAUUAAGCAAACAUCGUUGGGCAGUUUACAUGGCAAUCACGCAAUCGGUGCCGUGCGAAAAUUCCCUACGCUACCUUUGAAUGCGAAUGGCGUCUGGAUCGAUUCGACUGGUGGUGUAUGGCGUCAGGCCAGUAGCUGUACGACAAAGGACCAACUUCCGGAUUACGCACAAGUCACGGGCCAGCAAACGUUGCCAUUACCCGAUUAUGAACGCCUAACACCGCUUAACAUGCCCGAUUAUGCAGAGGUUGCAUGUUCAACAUUCAAAUCGCCGAACGGCGCGCUGGCACACGUAACGCCAAACGGAAAUGCACAUGCCAUACUGCAGCAAACAUCCGGUGGUAAUGGCAACAAUAUGCCAGCGCUCGCUGGCAAUGCGCUCUAUGACAGCUGUGGCGCGUAUGCAACAACAAAUUUGGUGGCAAAUGCCAAACUCUAUCAGAAUCGCUAUGGCAUCACCGGCACUGCCGCCACCACCACGACGACGACGACGAUGAAAACGAUACCAUUGCCACCGGCAUCGGCCAAUGGCAAGGCAACACGCCAACUAAACAAUACCGGCAACAGUGGCAGUAACAACAAUAACAAUAGUCCAGCACACACACACAGCAAGCACGAUGACUAUCGCGCUACUGGCAUGUAUUCAGCGCCACCUAGCGCCCACUACGCUGGACUCAUCGAUUUGGCUGCGGCCAAUCCCUUCAAUGACAAAAUGACCGCCUCCACCGCUUCUACGGCAAUUUUGAGCGCCUCACCAGCGCGCAGCGUCAACAACAAGAAAGUUUCACUCUCCAAUGCGCUCGACGCGAAAAGUCUCUAUGGCGGCAGCUGCGCUGGCAGUCAACAAAAAAUCAACAUUACCGAAAAUAAACUGGAUCUCAUGAGCAACCAAAGUCGCAUCUCGCCCACACCCACAAAUGGCUCGUCCGCCUCGUCUGGCGCAACCGCAUCCAGCUCCGCGGGCAGUGAUAGUAUUGGCGCGUCGACAAAACCGACAGCGCUUAUGCCGCGCCUGAAUCCCUUCAACAGCAACGCCCCCAUCGCCAAUAGCAGCAAUGUCACCGCUAGCGCUAAUCAACGCCAAUUACAACAACAGCAGCAGCAACAACAGCAGCUACUAGCCGCCAGCAAUGCGCUACGCCAAGGACUUGGCGCCUUUGCCAACACCACUUUGGCCGCGCAGAUGGUAAACGGUGGUGGCGCGGGCACUUUGCGUCGCCAACGACAUCCGAAAAUAUUCAAAAGCGAAAAUAACAUUAACUUUGGCAAUCACUAUGGUAGCGGCAAUGUAGGCGCCAGCAACAAUAAAUCACAGCUGCUUAUCAACCACAUUGGUGGCGGUGGAGGUGGCGGCAGCGGCGGCGGCAAUGUGUUAUCGCUAAGCACCGCAAAGAGCAGCGCCGCACACUUUGAUUUUCUCACAGGCGGCGAUGAUGGCGAACUGGCAGGGGGCGGCGGCGGCGGUGUUGACUACACUAACAGCAGCUGCGCUGCGGCCAACGACUUUGGCGCUGUACUUAGCACAUCAACGAAUCAACUGCUUAACGAUUGGACUUCCAGCGCCUCCAUAGCCACCGAGAAGCAGUCGCUUGCACACUCACACAUCAGCCACCCACAACCAACCCACCAAUCCCAGCAUCAGCAACAGACAAACUACAAUCACAGCUUUGGCAGCAAGCAGCCAAGUAAGCAACAUUUGUAUGUGAAGGCGAAAGAUGGCUCAUGGUCGGCCGUAUCCUCGGAUGCAUAUCAGUCCUACAAGCAGCAGCAGCAGCAGCAACAGCAAUCGCUAACAUCAGGUGAUAAAUCACAGCAACAGCUAGAAAAACAACAGCAUUCAACUGCAAGUCAUAAUAGUAAUUUUAAUGCUAGCAAUAAUAGUUGUAAUAUGAAUAGUAGUAGUUUGGCAGGCGUAGCUCAGAAAAGCUCGGAUAGUUGCUUGAAUGCAUAUAGCGCCUCGCCGCAGAAGAGUAGCGCCGCUAAGAAUAUUAUUAGUAGUAAUUAUAGUAGUACGCCCGCCGCCCACCACCAAACCGAAACCCAAGCACUCACAGUCACAGUCACAGCCGCCAACAGCACACCCACACACCCGCAAGCUCAAGCGCAAGCGCAGCAAAGCAUAACUGCUACAGCAACAACAUAUUUUAGUAGCUUCGGACCAAGCGAUAGGGUAUAAGGUCUCAAUUAAUUGUAAUUCUCACUCGGCUCAUGAAAAAGUACUUUGGUAAGUAGCGCUUGCUUUUCUAGGCAGAUAGCGAGUCACUGGGAAACUAUCGUAGUGCUAAUAAGAUUGGAGUAUUAAGCAACCGAAAGGUAAACUACGUUAAGUAAUUAACUGCUAAGAGAGUUUACUGUACCAUACAAAUAUGCAAAAUAUUAUAUUUAGUGAAAAAUAUGUAGUGACUAGCCCAGGCAAAGCAAAGAAUACGUACAGAAUAACGACUUAUCUAAACACUAAAGAAGAACAGUAUGCUGGGUAUGUAUAGCUGAAUAUAGAUACUUCAUGGUGUUUUGGUGUUAAAAUCGUUAUAUGCAGAGAUUCAAAGGUAACAUAAUUUAUGGAAGAUAUAUGUACGUACUUUAUAGAAUAUUCUUACGCAUAAGGCAACGGCUAAAUUCGUCGAUCGAGUGGAAGCAAUGAGAAAACUCAUGAAAAAUUAAGAAACGUGAUUUUCAGCAUAUUCAAAGAAUUGAUGUUUUCUAAUAGCUAAUAAAUAACGAAAUAAUAUCCCAAGGAUUUUUGUAAUACAAUUUGUAGCGUAAGAUUCUAUACACCUCAAUAGCCUAAAGGCGAAAUUUCUAACAGUUUUUCACUCGACAAAGCU